GUAGCUAGAUUUGCUAUUUUACUAGAUUUAUAACUAGAUCUAGAUUUAGAUCUAUAUUAGAUCUAGAAAGAAGAUCUACUCAUAUAGAAUAAUUUAAUAGAUCUAGAGUCUAGCAUUAAUAUGAUUAAUUGAUGUUGCACUCUAGAAACAACAUUCUCUCAAUGAUAUUGUUAGAUCUAUAAGUUGAUAUAAAUCUACAACUAGGCAUUUAUUAUUUUAGCCAAAAAAAGUAAUUUAUCAAAAAGAAGAAUGGCAGCUGGUAGCAGUCUUGUGGUUCCUAUGGUACUUUGGGGGCGCCAUGCACCUACUCACUGCAUUUCUGCCAUUCUCAUGACACCAGACGGCAGAUAUGUUGUGACUGGAUGCAAUGAUGGACAGAUUUGCAUUUGGGAUGUUUUAGAUCACAUGCAGGUUGCCCCCAGAAAUAUGCUCUUUGGUCACACUGCUGCCAUCAGUUGUAUUGCAGUUGGUAGUGAACAGAAAGACAAAUGCUAUAUUGUCACAUCAUCAGAAAAUGGUGAAAUGUGCUUGUGGGAUGUAUCUGAUGGCCGCUGUAUUGAAAAUACAAAAAUGGAUAAAGUUCAUUCUGAAAUAACAUCAUAUCAUCUAAGAUCUUCUAAAGCCCUUCGUUUGAUAUGUAAUGGCUACUAUGAUGAAAUUGUGAUCAUUGACCCACUCAGUCUUGAAAUUCUGACUCGUCUAGUAGCUAGGUCAGAUUCAGAUUGGAUGAGUGCUUGUUGUGUUAUCAAUCCACCAAACAGAGAUGAUGAUGUUAUCUUGGCUAUUACCAAUUCUGGAACAGUCAAAGUCUGGACACUGUCAUCAGCUCUUCCAGAGCAUAAGGGCAACAAAAUUACAGAAGAUGAGUCCAAACAGAUUAGAUGUCUAAAUGCUCAAACACUUACUUGCUGCCCUGGAAAUUUGCGCACUGUUCUAAUUGUUUGUAGUAAAUAUUGGCAGGUGUAUAAUUUUACCAGUCGCAACCCAGACAAUCAAGAUGCGAUAUAUGAUGCCAGUGACUUCACUCUCUUGUGCUCCGAGUCCAAUCGUCGUGGUGAGCGUUGGACCGGUGGAGAUUUUCUCAGCGUGGACCGGGUCAUAGUCUGGAGUAACGAGGGGCGUGGUUAUCUCUACAAGCUGCCAACAAACUUGCUUAAAGGAAAAGCAGUAGCCAGAAUUCAGCAAAAAAAUAAAUCAGAGCUCCCUCAUGCCAACCCUGAUCACAAAGAUUAUCACAGGCCAUACAACCAGACAUCCGUACAUGCUUAUUAUGUCUUGGAUAUUUUUACACAAAGUAAAAACUUGGAUUGUUCCCCUGCAUUUACGUAUGUUAACUAUGGCAGUGGGGAAACUGCUGUACACUUGCUGCUUCGCGGGGACUCAGAGGGACGUGUCACAAUUUGGUCUUUACCACAAGUCUCAGAGAAGCAGAUGACAUUGGUUAGACAAGAAAGUUUUGACAGACUACCAGCCCUAAGUCCCAAGUCAAGUACCACUCUACAAGAAUCAUGGACUGUUGGCACCUCCUCCCCACCAGGUAUACUGGAUAAUUUGAUGGAUGGUGUAGAUGAUGAUCCUGAAGUAUUUAUCACUGCUACAAUCUACAUCCCUUCUCAGGGUAAAUUGGUUUGUGGAAGAAAUAAUGGAACCAUCGUUCUUGUCCCAGCCAUUGACUGCAUUAAAAGACAACUCUUGACAUUAAAUAAAUCAUCUCAAGUGACUCCCAGAGUCUUGGUUGGCCACCAUGGCAGGGUGACCUGCUUGUUGUACCCCUUCAAUGAGGCCACUCGGUAUGAGCCAAAUCACUUGCUCUCAGGAGGCACAGAUUUCUCUGUCAUCUUGUGGGAUGUCAACACAGGUGUCAAAAUCCAUACCUUCACUGUGCAUGGUGGUAGCCUGACUCAGAUGACAGUCCCUCCUGCCAACUGUAAUCCUCGCAUCUUGUCAUGUAUUUGUUCUGUUGCUGGUGACCAUUCAGUAGCACUUCUUAGUCUCAAAGAAAGAAAAUGUGUCCUUCUGGCUUCCCGUCAUCUGUAUCCUGUGAAGAUGAUCAAGUGGCGCCCCCUAGAUGACUUUAUGCUGGUACAGACAAAAGAUGGCAUUGUGACAGUCUGGCAAAUGGAGACAGGUCACUUGGAUCGGGUGAUUGAUGGUAAGACUGCUGAAGAUGUUCUCAACAACUGUGAUGAAAAUGCCAUGCCUGUGGAAGCACUCACCAAUCCAAGUAUCACAUUAGCCCAGGCUUUGAAAAGAAGAAAUCUGGCCACUUUUAAAAAUUUCACUCAGCAAAAGUUGAAUAUUACAGCACAACCUAAUCAGAACAGUCAAGGCAACAAGGUUGAGUUCAUGAAACCAACUGGCUUCCCACUCCUCAUUCAAGGGGUCAAGACCAACACUAGAGAUCCGGAUGCUCAUGUGCUUUUCUUUGAUACAGAAGCUCUAAUAGUCCACCUUCUAACUGAGGAGUAUGCUUUAUUGUCACCCGCUGAGCUGGAAGCCAGGGGUAUGACUCUUCCUCAAGGUGAUAAGAUACAGCCACAUGAUUUUAUGGACGGUCAACAAAAACUUACAGAGGAUGUGUCCAACUCUUCCUAUGAAAUGACCUUGGCAGAUUUCAAGGAAGAGGAUGAGGAACAUAUUGAUCCUACCAGAGAGGAGGACCGAGACGUUGACUCUGUUUUUUUUUCUGCUUCUUAUUCAAGCACGGCUGGCAGGAAUGUUCCUCCUAGGCUGAACUCUAGACCAUCUAGUUUUCAUUCAUCUUUGAGCUCCUCGACUUCUCCUUCUCCUAGUUCGCCAACUUCCCCAAGCGGACAGGCCCCUCAAGUAAACCCAGCUGUUCCGCUACGUAAAAAGUCUAAAUUUCCAUUAAGAUUCUCCUCCAAGUCAAAGUCUGUAAGCUCCAGCUCUGACCUAGAUUCAGAGAAAAUUUAUAGGGGAUCUAAAUCUCUCAAGGUUAAAAGUCAUAGCCCAACAGAAGGAAAAAAAACUAACUCCUUGCCAAGGCCUGCAAGUGUUCCUGUUGACCUUAUUCAGAGUGAGACAGAAGCUGAAAGUUUGUUGGCUCGAGCUAAAGAAAAAGCUGAGACUGUGGGUCAGAAGAUUCAGAACAAGCUUGAUGCUGUAGGCAAUGUAGGUGGUCAGCCUAUUAUACCCAUACAAACCCAGCCCACCAGUGCCAGGAAGAGACCAGACUCCAUCACAGUACAUGAAUCUUUGAGUAUGGCCAUUGGUGAACUCUUCAUGUCUUGUCUGCAUGCCUGGAACCUUGACCUUCAGCUAGAUGAUCUUUGCCUAAAAAAAUUGGGGCUCCACAAACCCAAGUGCCCCAUAAGCUUUGGUCUUCUGUCCCAUGGUGGGCACAUGUCCUUGAUGCUCCCUGGCUGGCACAGACAUCAGGCCCAAGACAAAUUGACACCUGGAGGACCCAUGCCAACUCAAGUUGUCCAGAAACCUAGUGAGGUUGAAGGAGAGACAGUCAGUAGAUCUUCUAGGCCAAGCACACCACGAAGAGAUGCGUCUGUUGUAGCCUGCCAGCAACAAGCUUAUGAUUUCUCUACUAAAAUGCGGUGGCAAAUAUCUAGUGCAGUGACAACACAACAUUUGUUGAGUGUUAUUUCUGUUGCCAAUACUCUAAUGGGAAUGAGUAGAGCUGUCUUCAUGCCAGAGUUGCUUCACCCUACCAGACCCAAAGGGGAUUCUCUAAGCUCAAACUUUGGUCUUUCAUUCCGAGAGACUGACAGCCCAGAAAGUUUUGGCAGCUCAGAUUCAGACUCGGCUGAUAUGCAGGCCACCCUUCAGGCUCAAGUAAAGCAGGGCUGGAGUCUACUUGCUGCCAUGCACUGUGUUCUACUCCCAGAGCUGGUGGGGCUAGACUAUUACCAGUGCCCUCAGCUGGAGAUGUUGGCCAGACGCUGGCAGGACAGAUGUCUUGAGAUCAGAGAAGCUGCACAGGCUCUUUUGUUGGCUGAGCUGCGCAGAAUCAACCCUGAAGGUCGUAAGCGGCUUUUAGACAUGUGGGCUCCAUACUUACCAAGUUACAUCGAUGCUGAACAUUCCAUCCUGAGCAGCCAAAAAGAUCAAAGAGAUGGGGAGGAGAUUGACAUGGAAGAUGAAGAAAGUAUUCUUGGAGGUGACAUUCCAUCCCACAAGUUGUCUGUAUCAUUUGAAAGCCGCAGGAAGCAGGCCACAGCCAUUGUCAUGCUGGGGGUGAUAGGUGCUGAGUUUGGUCAUGAAAUAGAGCCAAGCCGAGCCAAACCAGAGGACAUCAAGAAAUCAAAAAAACAAGGGCCAGUUGAGGGUUUCAGCUUGACCAACUACUCUCUUGCUAGGAAUACAAGUAAAGCUCUAACAUUUAUUUUGUUGCACCCCCCAACUCCCAAACUCCCACCCAACACACCCAUACGAAGGGCUGCCAUUGAUUUGAUUGGCAGGGGGUUUACUGUCUGGGAACCAUACAUAGAUGUCUCUGCUGUUCUGCUUGGCCUUCUGGAGUUGAGCAUUGAUUCAAAUAGGCUGAUCCCCAGGCUACUGUUAAGUCUACCCAUAAUUCCAAUUCUACCAACCAGAAUCCUGGGUGUACACACCACAUAUGGCCUUCCACUGUCUCCCAUGGCUGACACCUGCCGCUCAGCUAGACACGCCUUGUCGCUCAUAGCAACUGCCAGGCCACCGGCAUUUGUCAUCACCAUGGCCAAAGAGGUGGCCCGUUACAAUGCCCUUGCUCAGAAUGCCCAGCAUCAGAAUGCCCAUGCACAGAACCACACUCUGGCCAGAGCAUCGGCUGAGAUUCUACACAUAAUUGAGCUGCUAGUAGAGAAGAUACCAAAUGAUGUGGCAGAUCUUAUUGUUGAGGCAAUGGAUGUGACAAUGUUUUGUUUAGACCUCAACACUCUGAAAGCCAAAGGCUUACCAGAGCUCUUUCCAGCUAUUUGCAGAUUUAGCAUGGUUGCCUACUGCCAGUCAACUAAACGGGUUUGGGUUGGAGCUAGAAAUGGCUGCCUUGCACUGUAUGAAAUGAAACAGCACUCUCGCUGUCAACUGAUCACUGCUCACCAAGGGGCCAUAACUGCUGUUGCUGUCAACUCAGAUGGCAAGUACCUGGCAACUUUCUCCCAUGUGGAUAACAAGCUCAAGUUUUGGCAGACUCCAUCAAGUACAUUGUUUGGCAUUGGUUCCCAGCAGACUAAACACCUACGCACCUAUGCAACCCCACCCAUUGCAGCUUCAUCUGUCAGCAACAUUUUGAAGCUGGUCAGACUGGUCUGGGUGGAUAAAACCUCCAUUUUCCUUUUGACAGUUGAUGGUCAGGAGCUGAAGUACACAGUCUGAUCCUUAAGUGUGAACAUUAGAGUUCAGUGUUAUCUUGCAAGUGAGCAUUAGAGUUGAUAUCAGUGUUAUCUUGCAAGGUGUGAUUAAUAAAAAAAAAUGCCUGUGCUAAUUUAACAUUUUCAAUCUUGGUGAUAUUAAGUUUAGUUAAUUUGUUUAAAACUUCUUUAGAAAGCUUAUAGGUCUUGAUUUUUAAUUUAAUAUUUUUCAAGAAUGCAUGAUAGUCAUAUGGUUAUUAGACUUUCACAAAGAAUAAGUAACAAAAAUAAAGUGAAGCCUCAUGUUCAAACUGCAAAAUUGAUUUUUCAAGUAAAUCAUUUUAUGAAUUUGUUUUAUCAACACUUGGUUUGUUCAAUAUAUUUUUUUAGUUGAAAAAUACUUAACUGCAUAAAAUAUCAAAUUGAUUAUUAAAGAAACAAUACAUGGUGUCAUAAAAUGUUCAGAUUUACUUAUGAUAAAUUAAAAAAAAAAAUCUUUGUCUGUUUGUGUACUGGUAUUUACUUAACUACUUUGGUAAACAGAGGACAAAGCAUAGACAUUAUAAUUUUAGCUUGUUAAAGUUAAGACAUGGAAUAUUAUUUGGUGUGUUUGUUGAAUUUUGUUAUCAAAUUUUUAUUUUGGUCUUUCAAAAAUUAUGUUUUGUCGUCAUUGUUUAUUUAUUAUUGUAACACUAUCUCUAUAAAUAGAAUCUAAUCCCCUGGAACAAAACAGUCUUUUGUUCAAAUGUGUUGUUGAGCUAAGGUUAGUCUAAGCCAGCCUAAACAGUGCUAGCUGAUACAUACUUUGCUUGUUCUCUUCUUGUCAAUGAAUGGCUCACUUGUUAGUACUGAGUGCAGUUGCCAAAAUGUAUAACCCAAGUGUUGAUGUCAACAAAAAAAACAUUUGACAUAAUGCACUAGACAUGUAUCUUGUGUAUAUAGUUUCACUUGAUCACUGGAAACUUUAUUGUGGCUCCAUGUUGUUGGUGGCAUUACAUUACUGCGUUAUGUAUUGUAUUGUGUUUUCAGAAUCUAGAUCCAUUGUUUAGCCGUAGAACAGAGCUAGUCAUGUGUUCACUCCCUUUCUUGACUGGCUCUUCUUCCUCUUAUCCCAGCUUUCAUCUUAUUCCUAAUGUCUAAGCUUAGGGUUAGGCAAGCAUCAGAAUUUCCUGAAAUGUGGUCACCAAGUCUUAAUAAUGUUGGCCAAAACACCUGAAAGUCAUACUAGCAAGAGGAAUGCAUGCCCAACUUGUUCACUAGUAUAUUUGUUCUAAGUUCUAUCAAGAAUUCAAUUGGCUGCAAAUGAUUUCAACAUUAAAAAUAUUUGCUGCUUGCGUUGUAGUUUGAAUAGAUUUAUGUUUAUAUUUGUGAUAUUUGUGUAAUAUAGAAUAAUCAAAGUCAUAUUCAUUAUUUAUGUCUUUAUAUUUAAUUAUUAUGUGUGGAUUUUGUAAUAUAUUAAAACAAAAAAAAGGUUGUAAACUUUUAGAUCAAUUGAGCAGACAUUAAUUUUGUAUAAUUUGUAGUCUAUUUUAAAGAAUGUACUUUGGACAUUCCCAAACAAUCAUUAAAAAAACUUUCAGUGUGUACUUUCUGGAUAGCUGAAUGGCUGUUUGGUGUGCACUCUGGAAAGUACUUGCUUUUCUGGGGUUGGAAUCCUGCUUAUUAAUAUCUCCUGCCCCCAUUUUGGGCAAGAAGAUAAUUAAUUGUUGUGUUCACUUUUAGAAAACAUUCCUAGAGCAUUAUUAACAGAAACUUAUUAUUUUAAGUCAAUAAUAUUAUGAACCAUAAAGUAAAGCUUCAACAUUGUGUGUUCAGAACCUUUGUUGAAAUAUCCUCGUCGUUGUAUAGAAAUGUAAUUGUACUGGUUACUGUACAGAUCACUUUAUAUUUAAUGAGAUUUUGAGAUAUUUGUAGCUAUUAUUAUCAAUGAAAUAAAAACUUAUAGCUAACAA